AUGCCUCCGUCCAAAGCCACCAACAGCCAUUCGAUACAGAGGGCUGCGAGCCCGGGCGGCGGCGGCGCAAACAUGACAACGAACAGGGAUUAUUCCGUUAAUCUGUCGGUGCAGCAAGUGCUGAGCCUCUGGGUGCAAGGCGCGACGCUGCAGCACUUCAAAGAGAUGUGGUAUUGGGUGUUCCUGUGGUGUCUCUUCUCCUCCCUCUUUGUCCACGGGGUGGUGGGGCUGCUCAUGUUAAUCAUGCUGCAGCGCCACAAGAGGGGUCGCCUCAUCACCCUCGUGCUGGUCAGCGUGGGCUUCCUCUCCUCGCUGUGCGGAGGCGUCAUCACCAGCGCGGCUGUAGCCGGGGUGUACCGUGUGGCCGGGAAGGACAUGGCCCCGCUGGAGGCUCUGGUGUUUGGCGUGGGCCAGACUACCUUGUCCGUCAUCAUAUCCUUCUCACGCAUCCUGGCCACCAUGUGAGCCACUGGCCCUCAAGCGGCCCGACCAGGUGAAGGACAAACACAGAGAGGUGUGAGGCGAGCCAACGAUUGGUGACUACAAAGGUGAGAAGUAAUCUGGACCUCAUGGGGCCAAAUGCAGGAGUGUGCCCCCUAGUGUCUCUGUUCCACUACUGCCACAAUUACAAGAGCAACUUCACUGCGAUUCUGAAGGAACAAGAUGCUGACCGCUCGUCUUAAAGUUGGAGCUGCACCAGGUGGAUUGGGCGACGAAGACGCCGUUAUAAGCUUCUGGACUGAAAGCCAUUUCUUGGUGUUUCCAGAGUUCCUUGUGCCAUUGACCUUCUCUGGGACAUCGGGAUGCCUUUGUGGCAUUUUCAGUGACUCCUGAAGGGAAAAAAAACCUCCUUGCAAAUAUAGCAGCGUUAAAAUCAGCAGUGACAGACUCUAAAGAUGACGUUUUCACUUUGUGAUGGGUGAUUUGGUGUCCACACUGUGUGACAACCCAGCAGUCUUCUUUUUCUUCUGCAGUAUUAAAACAAGCCUCACCUUCUAAGAUCUUCACAACAUUUACGCACAGAUCAUUCCGAUCAUUCCUCCUCUCGAAAUGGCUUAAAACCUGCAGAGCUGUUCCACGAUCCCACUCACCGG